AACUGGGAUAACUAUACUAUCAAACUCAGAUUCCUUCAAGACCACAAUGAGCAGGUCGAAUGUUUGUUCCCCAUAAAGGGUAUUCAGGAUUCUCGUAUGUCAUAUCCCCGCAUAUAACACAGAGUCUCUUCCUUCGUCUCCGGUUUAAGUUCAGAUUUAAAGUUGUUUAUUUUAAACUGAAAAUGUCUAUUUAUGUAUAAAUUUGAGAUUGAUUUAAAAUUAGAAAUAAGUUAGAAAUUGUUAUGUCAAAACUCAAAAUAUAAUCUCUCUCUCGGGUUCGUGUUUGGCAAAGGGACUUCUGGGCUUUUUUGACAUAGAAGUCCACUUCUACUUAAAUGGAUGUGUUUGGCUAAUUCUGAGAAACACUUAUAUUGAAGUUUAGAAGUCCAAAAACAAAAUUAGGAAACCUAUCUUAUUUUGGAGUUUUAACUUCUUCUAACACUUAUAAUCUAUUUAUUUCCAAACACUUUUAAUAAUUUAAAUUUAUAAGUUCAAAUCAACUUUUCGCUUAUAACAUAUUUUUUUAUUUUAAACAAUUAGUAAUUUCUUUUAAGCCCAGCCAUUUCGAACCAAAAUUUUCACAACAUUGAUCUUUCCCCACCCGAUCCCGGUCCAGAAGCACAACUGUUCCGACAGUGAUUGAGCCCAAAAUUUCCAUCGGACAAGGUCACCCGACUUUGUCGGUACUGCUACAUUCUUCUACAAACUCGCACGCAAUUUUCCACAAGGCAUUCUCAUUGACGCCGCUAUAAAAAUCUUCCACAAGUCAACUCUAACAAGUCUAGCUCCACUCAUUUAUAAGCAUCUUAUUAUUCUGUCGUAGUAAAAUAAACUCGCUCGACUCUAUUUCAUCAGCCACGACUAAAACAAUAAUGGUAGAAAUGAAGCGGUGGGGGGAAACAAUCACGGUGGUGGUACUGGCGGUGACAAUGGUGAUAGAAUCGGCUAUGUCAGAUCCGCAAGCUAAUAAGAUAAGCAAAACUGGGCGAGAGUCCAGCGGGUUUGAUGCUAGAAAUCCAUCAGAAUUCUUCAGAAAUGUGAAUGCCACUCUCGCGGACCUCAGACGACAGUUAUCUGUAGAAAAAAACUUUGCCACCGCAGAGGCCAGUGCCGCGGAACCUGUGUACACUUUGUUCCAGUGCAGAGAUUAUCUAUCCACUGCAGACUGCGUCGCUUGCUUUAAUGUAGCCACAGCUGAUAUUGGCAAAAUUUGCAAGUUAAAUAACGGCGCUCGGGUCAUAUAUGAUGGUUGCUACCUGAGGUACGAGGUGCGGUCCUUCUUUACAGAGAUAGAGCUUGGAACUUCAUCUGAGGUAUGCGCGGACAACAAGACUGUACCCGCACAAGCUGCUUUUACUUUAGUUGCAGUACAGUUGCUGAAGGAUCUUGCAGAUGCCACACCAAAGAUAAAGAACUUCUUUGGAGCGGCGAAAAGGCAAGUGUUUGAUGGCGGUCCGUCAGCAAAAGCAUCUGUUACAGUUUACGCUGUGGCACAAUGUCUUGGCACCGUAAGCCAGGGUGAUUGCGGAAAAUGCUUGAUGGGAGGAUACAGUAACAUACAAACAUGCCUUUCUCAAUCAGGAGGAAGCUCGGGAGGAGGAAGUUCAGCAUCUGGUGGUUGUUUCCUGAGAUACUCCGUGACGCCUUUUUUUUCUGAUAAUGAUAUAACAAAUAUCAUGCCUUACUUGCAAAAAGGUAGCUCCAGCAAGAAGACGGCCAUCAUUGCUGGUGGAGUUGGAGCUGUAAGCCUUCUCUUGCUCACGAUUGCCUUACUUCUAUGGUAUCGAUCAUCACAAAAGCGUAGAACAGCUAAUAGAGGUGAUAUACUAGGGGUAACUAAGUUGCAGGGACCAACUAUAUACAGAUACAAAGAUUUGAAGUCAGCUACCAAGAAUUUCAGUGAAGAAUGCAAAAUAGGAGAAGGCGGCUUUGGAGAUGUAUACAAGGGCAUUAUAUCAAAUGGAAAUAUAGUUGCAGUGAAGAAACAUGCUGUGAGGACAAGCAAAGAAAUGGCAGAUUUUGAGAGUGAAGUUAGGCUUAUAGCUAAUGUUCAUCAUCGAAAUAUCAUCCGUCUCCUAGGAUGCAGUGGCAAAGGACCGGUUCAAAUUCUGGUCUAUGAAUAUAUGGAGAACGGAAGCCUAGAUACAUUCUUAUAUGGCAAUAAACGCGGAACUCUCAGCUGGAAACAACGGAUUGACAUAAUCCUCGGUAUUGCUAGAGGUCUUGCCUAUCUCCACGAACAAUUUCAUGUAUGUAUCAUACAUCGAGAUGUGAAAUCUAGCAAUAUCUUACUGGAUGACGAUUUCCAACCCAAGAUCGCUGAUUUUGGGUUGGCAAGACUUUUACCAACGGAUCCAAGUCAUCUUACCACUAGAUUUGCAGGGACUUUGGGUUACACAGCACCAGAGUACGCAAUCAACGGGCACUUGUCUGAGAAAGUGGAUACCUACGGGUUCGGAGUCGUGGUCCUCGAAGUUUUAAGUGGUCAAAACUGCAAUAAGAUGAAGAAUGAGCUUCUAACCCAAUCUCUUCUUGAAUAUGCAUGGAAAUCAUAUAAUAAUGGCACGCAUGAGGAUUUGAUAGAUGAGACAAUAGAUUCGAGUGAAUAUAAUGUCGAAAAUGCCAAGAAGAUGAUAGAGAUUGCUUUGAAGUGCACUCAGUCACCGGUUUCUUUGAGGCCAACAAUGUCUGAAGUUGUAGUGAUGCUUGUGAAUGAUGCAUCCCCAGAACCUAAGCAGACAAACUAGGGUCCAGUCUAAUAACAAUAUUAACGAGGAUGUCCAAUAUAUUGGAUGAUCCUCCUGCUACAGAUAUAAGUUACGGUAUAAUCAUAUUAUAUUUUUAAGUUUACAAUAACCUUCUGUCUAAAACUUUCCGGUACAGAACUGAUCUUGAUAGUUCACGAAUUAUCAGUGAAGAAAUAAAUAAAUUUUGGAAAUUUAGUUAGUUUGAUCUUACAUUGCUUGCAAAAGCAUAUUAGUUAUUCUGUUGACUCUAGAACUUAUGUUAUCUUUUGAAAUGGCAUUUACUUUUAUGUCUGUUGUAAUAACUGCGAUCACUUGAAUUAUGAAGAGAACAAAGUCUGUAGAGAGCUCAGGAAAAUACAAAAACCAGUAUAGAGAAAAAUUGAGCAAUUCUGAUUCCCUUUGUGUGGAUCCACAAAUAUUUCAGGCACUCUCCUCUAAAAAGUUAAAUCAAGAA